CUGCAGCACUGGUAUUCGGAGAAAAGCGGACAUAAUGUGCUCUCUGGACACACUUCAUUGAUGGUCGUGAGCUUGCAGGCCUUAUUUUCUCUGAUUGCCGGAGAGCUAUUUACUCAAAUCAAAAUGGUCCGGUGAGACAGAGUUUCGGGUAACAGAGGCUGUUUCACAGAUAAGGUUGAGACUGUCGUUUGAAAAAUGAAGAUUUGGAGCACGGAACAUGUUUUCAGUUACCCAUGGGAGACAGUGAUCAAGGCUGCAAUGAGAAAGUACCCCAACCCCAUGAAUCCCAAUGUGGUUGGGGUGGACGUGCUGGACCGCAGCCUGGACGCAGAGGGACGCCUACACAGCCACAGACUCCUCAGCACUGAGUGGGGUCUCCCGGGGAUUGUACGAGCGAUACUGGGAACCAGCCAGACACAGACCUAUGUGAAGGAACACUCCAUAGUUGACCCCGAAGAGAAAAAGAUGGAGCUGUGCUCAACAAAUAUUACUCUCACCAACCUGAUUUCAGUGGAUGAGCGUCUCCUUUACAGACCACACCCAGACAACCCUGAGGUUACCGUCCUCACCCAGGAGGCCAUCAUUACAGUCAAAGGAGUGAGUCUGAGCAGUUACCUGGAGGGGAUGAUGGCAAGGAGAAUGUCUGCUAAUGCCAGAAAGGGUUGGGAUGCUAUUGAGUGGAUUAUUCAGAACUCUGAAAGAGAACGUACCUCUCUGUGACAUUUACUAACUCUGGACUGCAGAUCUAUAAUGAAGACUACUAUCCCUGGCUACACCUCAUAAACCACUGGGGAUCCUCAGCA